AAUAACAACGAGAAAAAACCUUGGCUUGUGGUGGAAGUAUUCCGCCACAAACCAAUAUUAUUGAGGUGUUUGGUGUCACCGGUGUUGUGGAUAACGAUGACUUUUGUAUACUACGGACUAUCGAUUAACGCUGUGAACAUGGCCGGUGACCAGUAUUUAAACUACGCGUUGGCAUCAGCUGUGGAGAUCCCGGGCUAUUGGAGCGCUUUGCUCGUCAUGAGACGGGUGGGACGUAGGCCAGUGCUCACCUCCGGUUACUGGAUCUGCGCUGCCUGUCAAGCCGCGUACAUCUUCCUACCGGACGGUCAGUUCUCGCUGUCGCUGAUCGUGUUCCUGCUGGGCAAGUUAUCCAUCGCGAUGGUGGCCACCACGUUGUAUGUGUACACAGCGGAACUGUACCCCACCAGAUACCGACAUAGUCUCUUCGCAUUUUCCUCCAUGAUGGGACGUAUCGGCUCCAUCCUUGCACCGCUCACGCCUGCGCUGGGUGCGUCAGUGUGGGAGCAGUUACCGUUCACGCUGUUCGGCGGCAUGGCGCUGCUGUCGGGUGCACUGGUGCUGGUCGCGCCGGAGACGCUCGGUGCAAAGCUGCCUGACACCAUGGAGGAGGCCGCUAGGCUUGGCAAGAACUAGUGACCUUUUUCUAAUGGCGUAAAUUUUAGUUAAACUCUAGACUAUAAUUAGGCGAUAUAAUAUUAGACAAGUUAUUAUUAAGUCGCGGUUUUCUUUAAUAUUAGUGUUAAACUUUCAGUUCAUGGUUUUUUUAAGUUCUUAUUACAAACAGAGUCAAAGCCUUAUUUGAUACGUUUCGUGCCUAACCUCCUUUAUUUGGCUCGCAGAGUUCUAAAGUGUCUGCCAGUAAUCAGUACAUUAAUUGAACAGAAUCAACAUAUUCACGCAGAUAAGCAAGUACAACGUCAAGUUCAUUACACC